UUAUCCGAGACUACUUAAACUUUGAGCUACAAAACGGAAUAACCAGGUCGUUCCAGGCCUAUGGAACCACGUUCCAGAACGUGGCUUUUUGCGCCCGAAUCACCUCAGUGGAGCGUAAAAACGAUAGAACCAGACUCAUUUUGGAUGAUGGCACAUCUGCCAUUCUCUGUGUGCUGAAUCAUUCAAACUCCAUUGCUUCAAACAGUGAGGAAGAGGAGGACGAAGUCCUCCCAGCUGAAGACGAGCCCUCCAGACUCGGCCAGCUACUGGAGGCCCAGAGCCGCAGGCUGAUGGCCCAACGGGAUCCUAUUUUCAGCAGGAUUAGCCUGGGAAAUCCAGUUUUUGUCGUGGGUGGACUUCACGCCUUUGAAGGCAAACAUUUUGUGUUGGUUUCCAGUGUUCGUCGAGUGACUGAAGACUAUUUUGUGCAGUUUUUAAACUUUGCGGUUCGGGGCGCGGAGUUCAGAAAGUAUAAUAUUAAUGAACGACCAAGUUAAUUUAAAACCUUGAUUAGAAAUCAAUUGGGAUAUUUUUUGAAAAAAAAUACGUUUGCUUUGAGACGACAAUACCUCCAACAGAAAACUCCCAUGCGUGCAAAAGAGAUAACAACUAUGCCCAAUUCGGUAGCCAACAGCUGUGAUGCUUGCGCACUAGUUCGCCGGGUCAUUAAUUGUUAGUCUGUCAACUUUGGGGCCCUAAAAAAUGAGUCUAAUCAGCCACAGCAGAGCCCUACUGCGGCUUGGCGGUAGCUUGGCACGUUACAGCAGCUCGAAAUCUGCCGAAGAAAUCAAAAAACUGGUGACCAACAAUAAAGUGGUGGUGUUUAUGAAGGGGGUGCCAGAACAGCCCCAAUGUGGCUUCAGUAAUGCUGUAGUGCAGGUGUUGCGCAUGCAUGCGGUGCCCUACGAGGCGCACAACGUGUUGGCUGACGAGGCCCUUCGACAGGGCGUUAAGGACUACUCUAACUGGCCCACAAUCCCCCAAGUGUACAUCAAUGGGGAAUUUGUAGGGGGCUGCGAUAUUGUGCUGCAGUUGCACCAAUCUGGCGAUCUGAUUGAGGAGCUGGAGAAAGUGGGGAUCAGAAGCGCCCUUCUGGAUGCGCCCCCACCCCCGAAACAGCCCCAGAAAUAAGACUGCACAGUGUUGUAUAUAAGUAUGUGAAUGUAAUGGACCUGCUUGUAGAAUAAUAUGUUUUUAUUUGUC